GACAAUUCUUCCAUGCAGCCUUUGUUUUUGUUUCUCCAGUAAAAAAUUGAAAUUCGGAUGAAGCCAAAUCCAUUGCAGUAAAAUUGAUCGUUUACGAUUCAAUUAAAGCAGCCCUAGGUUUGAAUUUUAAAAUAUUGUAUGUUAGCUGAGAGUAGGUAAGCACAGGAUCACCGGUGGCGCUAUUUUGUUGAUUUAAAAUGUUGGAUGGCUUUCAACGGAAGGGAAUAUUCAAAAAAUUUAGGGGAUUUGAUUAAUUGAGGUGCCUGCUUUUGAACUGGAGGUUGGAUUUUGUGAUUUGUUUUAUCUGAAUCGGAAAUGGUGAUAUAGAAUUUUGGAAUUCAAGGAAUUGGCAGCGCCUUUUCUUCGGAAGCAAUACAUAUUUGCUGCGGCGGUUGAAGCUACUGCAAUUUGCACUCAAUUAAGUGUUCAAUGUUUCUGGCGUAGAUUUAGGAGAGACCAGGUUUCUGCAGAAACACGCAAUUUUUAGAUUAAAUGCAUAUGGGGCGCUGUUUUAGGCUUUGAUUGCAUUGAGAUUAUCGAAAUGAAAGUUGAGAGGUCGGAUUUGGGGAGGAAGAAAGUGAUUGUGGGGAUAAGAUUAGAUGGUUAUGCUAAAGAGUUGCUUGAUUGGGCUGUGGUUAAAGUAGCCGGUCCCGGCGACUCGGUUGUGGCGAUUCAUGUUUGCAGGAAUUCAGGUUGCAUUCCGAAGGAGAAAGUGUUGUUGGAUAGUUACUUGGAAGACUAUGAAGGUGUAUGCAACAAAAACCAGGUUUCUCUUAGUGCUCAAGUCUUGAAAGGGAACUCAACCAGAAAAGCUCUAGUGAGAGAGGCGAAGACUCAUGGUGCAUCGACUGUUAUUGUGGGAUUAACGAGGCUUAGCGCGUUGGGGGGAUGGGCUUCAAUCGCUAGGUAUUGUGCAAGGAAACUGCCUCCCACUACUGAGGUUAUAGCGAUUCACAAUGGCAAGGUUGUCUUCAGCAGGUGCUCGAAACUUUUAUUAAAAGGCGUGGGUUUAGACUCAAAGGCGAGUGCAUAUGGCAAUGACAGCAUGUCGACUAAAGACACUUUUUCGGAGUUUGGAGAGUCUGAGAUAUCAAGCAUUGAUGCAAGAGAUGGAAACAUGAGCUUGCGAGAUGAUGCCAUGAGCCCUAUUGGGAGGCUUCAACGAGGCUCUAUAAGCUCCAUUUUUUUCCACGCUGAAGAGUUCUCCAAGCAGAGUCCGGGUUGGCCUCUACUUCAGGCAGAAAACUCAAGAGAUGAUGCUGUGAGUCCUAUUGGGAGGCUUAAACGAGGCUCCUUAAGCUCGAUUUCUCUCCCUGCAGAGGAUUUCACCAAGCAGAGGCCAGGUUGGCCUCUACUUCAGACAGCAAACUCAGGAGAUGGUGCUGUGAGCCCUAUUGGGAGGCUGAAACGAGGCUCCUUAAGCUCGAUUUCUCUCCCUGCAGAAGAUUUUACAAAGCAGAGGCCCGGUUGGCCUCUACUUCAGACAGCUAGUUUGGUGACUCAACUUGGCGUGGAAGCAAGAAAGAUGUCGGUUGUUCAAUGGGUGAUGACCCUGCCAAACCGGCCACUCUCUGAUGCCUCAUCUCAGUCCAGCUCACCUAUGAGCUGCCAGACCGAUGAUUCUAUUGAAGGAGAGAGUUAUAAGGCGGCUCAGGUGACUAGUUUCUGCAAGGAAGCCAGUCUGCUCGAGCUUCCUAAGGAUUUGGAACUCAUACUGAUGAGAAAUUCGGUAGGCUGCACAGUUCUCAGCCUCGAUUAUCUGAAGAUGUCGACUUCUGAUUUCUCCUCUGGAAAUCUUAUCGGGAGAGGAGGCUGCAACUCGGUGUUCAAGGGAGUUUUUCCUCAGGGCAAAGCAGUAGCUGUGAAGAUCAUGGAGUCUUCCAAAGAAGCGUGGAAGGAUUUUAUUCAUGAAGUCGACAUAAUGACCACGUUGAAGCACACAAAAAUUGCACCUCUACUUGGGGUCUGCGUGGAAGAUGAUGCUUUGAUCUCCGUUUAUGACCUGAUGCCCCGAGGAAACCUUGAAGAAAAUCUACACGCAGGUAGCAUUAAGGAAAAAUCAGUGUUGUUGACAUGGGAAACGAGAUACCGGAUAGCUAUUGGGAUUGCUGAAGCUUUAAACUACUUGCACAACGAAUGCCCUAGGCCCGUCAUUCAUAGAGAUAUCAAAUCUUCAAAUAUUCUCCUAACUGAUGAGUUAGAACCGCAGUUAUCCGACUUUGGCUUGGCGACUUGGGGGCCCACAAUGUCAUCCUAUUUGAUGGACAGCGAUGUAGUUGGAACGUUUGGGUACCUAGCUCCCGAGUACUUCAUGUAUGGCAAAGUUAGUGACAAGAUUGAUGUGUUUGCUUUCGGUGUUGUUCUGCUUGAACUGCUCUCCGGGAGGAAACCUAUUGGUUUGGAGACUACAAAGAGUCAAGAAAGCUUGGUCAUGUGGGCAAAACCUAAGCUAGAGAGCAAGGACUGGAAGAGUAUAUUGGAUCAAAAUUUGGAAAACAUCGAUGAGGAUCAGAUGCAGAGGAUGGCUCUUGCUGCAUCUCUAUGCCUGACUCAAUCAUCACGCCUUCGCCCCAAAAUGCACCAGAUACUUAGCAUACUAAGAGGGGAGGAGUAUUUGGUUGAAGUUAGGCCAAAAUGUGGUGAUGGUGAUGAAGAAAAUGAGGACGAGAACGACGAUGAAGUAUAUCCAGAUUCAAGAGCAGAGUCACAUAUGAGCCUUGCAUUUCUUGAUAUAAAGGAAAACUCAACAUCAUUCAGCAGCACUGAUCAAAGCAGCCCUCUCUCUGUUGAGGAGUAUUUGAAGAAGAGAUGGAGUAGAUCAUCCAGUAUGGAUUAGUUUUUGCAAAGAUUUGUUGUUGUGUUUUUUU